AGAAAAUAUAAAAACGAAAUGUAUUGAUAUUCUUCCUAUUUUAGUUGAUCGGACGCGUUAAAUGUGCUCAAUUUCGAUGUUAUCUAUUUUGUUCAAAUGAAUCCUUUAGUUGGACAACAAAGGCUGAUGACAGUACCACAGGUGUCAAAUUUAUCUCAGGCGGAUCAGGAAAAAGUUUAUCAGUGGAUCAGCGAACUCGCUAGGCCUGAUACUAGGGAGAAUGCUCUUCUAGAAUUAAGCAAAAAGAGAGAAGCUGUUCCCGAGUUGGCGCCGAUGUUAUGGCAUUCUUUUGGGACCAUAACUGCUCUGCUCCAAGAAAUCAUAAACAUCUACCCUGCAAUCAAUCCACCCACUCUCACUGCCCAUCAAUCAAAUAGAGUCUGCAAUGCAUUGGCACUCCUACAAUGUGUUGCUUCUCAUCCUGAGACCCGUUCCGCCUUUCUACAAGCCAAUACUCCAUUGUAUUUGUAUCCGUUCCUGCAUACAGUCAGCAAAACAAGGCCUUUUGAAUAUUUAAGGUUAACAAGUUUAGGUGUUAUAGGAGCUCUUGUUAAGACUGAUGAACAAGAAGUGAUAAAUUUUCUCCUGUCGACUGAAAUAAUACCACUUUGUUUAAGAAUCAUGGAAUCUGGCAGUGAAUUAUCCAAAACAGUUGCCACCUUCAUCUUGCAAAAAAUUCUUCUAGAUGAAACGGGUUUAAAUUACAUUUGCCAAACUUAUGAGAGGUUUUCUCACGUUGCCAUGAUUUUGGGUAAAAUGGUAAUAGCACUUGGGAAGGAACAGUCGGCAAGACUCCUAAAACACGUGAUUCGUUGUUACCUCCGUCUUUCAGAUAACCCACGGGCUCGAGAGGCAUUACGACAGUGUCUUCCAGACCAGCUCAAGGAUAAUACUUUUGCAAGCUGUCUGAAGGAAGACAAAUCCACCAAGCACUGGUUGAGCCAGCUACUCAAGAACCUCGAAAGCACACCCGUUUCGGAUGAGCGACUCGCGUACGCAAUUCAGUAGACCCCCUCCUCCCCCCUCCCCCUUUGUGACACUAGAUUCAUAUUUUUGCAUCAGUAUUUCCCCCCAUUCCCAACUUCAAGUUUUUUGUGAUCUAUGAGCUUGUUAAUACUCAACGUGUCUUGCCAUCUGUUUGAGAGACACGAAAUUUUAUUUUUUGUUCUUGACAUGUCACAGUUGUACAGUUUGGUAUGUAGAUUUAAAAAUAUGACUGAAUAUGUUUAGAAUUGUAAUAAAUGGUUU